ACGGCGAGCCUCACAGGAGGAUAGCCGCGCGAGGAAGAGGGUUUAAUGAAUUUGCGACUGUAGGGGAGAGAUGUUGCUGGCACUGAGUGACAAGGCUGCUGUGGUGAUCACGUGCAGCUGCCUGGGGCUCAGCGCUUGUGCUCGCAUGCCAGUGGCAGGCACCGUGCACUGACCGUUUCAGAACCGUCGUUAUAGCCCAGAGAAGCAGAGGUCACUGCGGUUCAAAGGUCAUCAGUUCAUCCAUGCUGUGAUCUCCCGGGCAGACACCCUUGUAGUGCUAAUCGCAGCCCCUGCCUGUUCCAGCUUCACCUUGACUCCACCUUGACUCCACCCUCAUCCUCCCAUCUCCACACCGCUGCUCGCCCUCUCCACCACCACUUUUUCGCCAUCUGGUCACAGAAGGAGGUGGGAUGACUCCAGACCUCCUCGCCUUCGUGGAAUCUGUCCUCAGCCAGGGCUGAUCAUUGCCGUCUCCGCAGACAUGGUCGACCGGAGCUGGGUGUGUCUGAGCCCAGCUGAGUUCUCCCAGCUCCAACAGUACAGCGAGUAUUCCUCUAAGAAGCUUAAAGAUGUGUUGGAGGAGUUUCAUGGAAAUGGCGUUCUCUCCAAGUAUAACCCAGAGCAGAAGCAAGAUGUUCUCAACCAACCUAUUGACUAUGGGGGCUUCCAGCUCUUCAUGGCCACCUAUCUGGAGAAUGAAAUCCCAGAAGAGCUUUGCCAACACCUCUUUACCUCAUUCAAGAGCAAGACAGGGGGAGGUGGCUCCCCCAGCAUCCCCCACACAAUGCCGUCACUGCUUGAACCCAAGUCCAUUGAUGCAGGCAUCUCUAUACAGACAGAAGUGGCCUGCGCGCCUAUAACAGGGAUGAAUGGGAGAAGUAUCCUGACUGCUAUGGGCAGGCACACUCCAGAACACUCCGCUGUGGGGGCUCCCAGUUCCAGUGCUACCACCUCGCCCUGUUCUUCCCGCUCCUCCUCACAGCGCUCAGGCACGGACGGUCACAUGCCAGGGGCCCCUCUUCACUCUCCCUGUGCCCAGACCAAGCCUCUGGUUGCCAGCGGCAGCAGCAGUAAUGCCCUGGUGGCAGCCAAAUCCCCCAACUCCCCUCACCAUUCCCCAGAGCAAAGUCGAUCAGACAAGGGAGUGGCUUUAAAGAGAAGUCCAUCCCCUCAGAAGAGCUCUCCUCUACCCUCGCCACAGGUGGUCUACCUGAAGGACAUUGUGUGUUACCUGUCUCUGCUGGAGCGAGGGACCCCAGAGGACAAGCUAGAGUUCAUGUUCCGGCUCUACGACACAGACGGAAAUGGCCUCCUGGACAGUUCGGAACUUGACCGGAUCAUUAAUCAGAUGGUACAUGUGGCAGAGUACCUGGAAUGGGACUCCACUGAACUGCGACCGAUCCUGAAGGAGAUGAUGGAGGAGAUCGACUAUGACCGGGACGGGACAGUGACACUGGAGGAGUGGAUCCGAGGUGGGAUGACCACCAUACCGUUGUUGGUGCUACUGGGCAUGGAGACGAACAUGCAGGAAGAUGGGCAGCAUGUGUGGAGACUGAAACACUUCAACAAGCCAGCAUACUGUAACUACUGUCAAAUGAUGCUGCUAGGAGUGCGGAAGCAAGGUCUCUGCUGCUCACUAUGCAAAUACACAGUCCAUGAGCGCUGUGUGUCCAAAGACAUCGCCGCCUGCAUCAGCACCUAUGCUAAGUCCCGCAGACACACCAAUGCUAUGCAGCAUGUAUGGAUGGAGGGCAACUCACCAACCAAGUGUGAUCGAUGUCACCGCAGUAUAAAGUGCUACCAGGGUCUUACUGGCCUUCAUUGUGUUUGGUGUCAAAUUACACUCCAUAAUAAGUGUGCUUCAAAUGUGAAGCCUGAGUGUGAUGGUGGAGCUCUGAAGGACCAUACCCUCCUGCCUUCAUACAUCUGCCCCGUCGUACUGGACCGUCACUCAGCAGUGAAGCGAGGAGAAGGCGAGUCAUCGCCCAGCACCAGCCCCGACGAUUCCAGCCAGUGCUUCAGGUUCACUGGGGAUGGCCAAGCCCUACAGAUCAGCCCCCUCCCGGGAACACAUCCCCUGCUUGUGCUGGUAAACCCUAGGAGCGGUGGCCGCCAGGGAGAAAGGGUGUUACGGAAGUUCCAGUACCUGCUCAACCCCAGGCAGGUGUACAGCCUGGAUCGGGGAGGACCCAUGGCAGGGCUCAACUUCUUCCACGACGUUCCAGACUUCCGGGUGUUGGCCUGUGGAGGGGAUGGGACUGUGGGCUGGAUCCUGGAUUGCAUUGAUAAGGCUAAUUUUUCUCGCCAUCCCCCUGUCGCUAUUCUGCCUCUGGGGACUGGGAAUGACCUUGCACGGUGUCUGCGCUGGGGUGGAGGCUACGAGGGCGGAAAUCUUCUCAAGUUCCUCAGGGACAUUGAACACAGCACUGAGGUACUGCUGGACCGCUGGAACAUUGACAUCACCGCAGAUGACAAGGAGGAGAAGGGGGACCCUGUUCCCUACAGCAUAGUCAACAACUACUUCUCCAUUGGAGUGGAUGCAUCCAUAGCUCACCGAUUCCACUUGAUGAGGGAGAAACAUCCUGAAAAGUUCAACAGCAGGAUGAAAAACAAACUCUGGUACUUUGAAUUCGGCACCACGGAGACCAUCUCAGCCACCUGUAAGAAACUGAAUGAGAGUAUUGAAGUGGAGUGUGAUGGUAUCAUCCUGGACCUCAGCAGCACGUCUCUGGAGGGCAUUGCUGUGCUCAACAUUCCCAGCAUGCAUGGAGGCUCAAACCUGUGGGGCGAGACCAAGAAGAGACGCAGCUAUAACCGCAUGAGCAAGAAAGUGCCAGAGAGAGCGCCAGUCAGCACUGUCACUGAUGCCAAGGAGCUCAAAUUCUGCGUGCAGGACUUGAGUGACCAGCUCUUAGAGGUGGUGGGGUUAGAAGGGGCCAUAGAGAUGGGCCAGAUCUACACAGGCCUCAAGAGCGCUGGCCGCCGUCUUGCCCAGUGUGCCCGCGUGACCAUCAGAACAUCCAGACUACUGCCUAUGCAGAUUGAUGGUGAGCCGUGGAUGCAGCCUCCAUGCACGAUAAGAAUCACACACAAGAAUCAGGUGCCCAUGCUACUGGGUCCUCCACAGAAAAUGCCCUUCUUUUUCUUAAAGAGGCGAAACAGAAGUCGUGAUUAGACGAAUAAUGUACCCUUCCCUGAAGCAUGCAAACACACCUUCACCAUGCUCAGCUCCUUCUUGGUGUGGUGGAUGCAAACACCUGGGAGAAGAACUACAAAAGUCCAGUUCUUUGGAGACUUACAGAUGCAGAAGAAAAAAAACUUCAAACUUUAUCUUGCAUGGACAAGGACUUUUGGAAUACCCUACCAUUUAGUGACUACAGUGACUAAAAGAGCCAGAUCAGUGUCAUGACCAGUUCCUGUGUAAAUCUCUACGAUAUUCCUCUCGUGGGCUCUGUAGCCAGUAAAGUUUGAAUCAUUCCUACCUGGACCCCUCACCAGAAGGCCACUGCCAAUGUAUCAGAAUGUGCCCUCCCACUUCUGAUAGGUUCACCUCACAAUAUUAACUCCUGAGGGGAGAGAGGAAAUGAAAUGAGGAAAAAACAGGUUAAGAGUAUGGUGCUCAGGAGUCUUAAAAACACCUGUGGAGAAUAAGAGUACUAAGUGUAGAAAAGGCAGCUAGAGAGAGUAUGAGAGAGUAUGAGAGAGAGAGAGAGAGAGAGAGAGAGAGAGAGAGAGAGAGAGAUACUAUACCCUCAAGUGGGAGUAGGUUGUGUACACUGGGUUGUCACUGAGCUCUAGGUUGGCCUGGAAGGACCAGAGAAGAAACUCCUGAAUGUGCUGAAUAAUAGAUCAGGCAAAGUGCUCACUCCUGUGGCUCUCACAACACUCUACCCUGUAAUCAGAUGAUCCAGCAUGUUUAUCUAUUAUGAAGUGUGCUGUUUAUGCACUGGGUGAUUGUGCCAGUGGGUGGGACUGGUCUAACAAGCUCAGAGGUGUACACCUCGGUUUGCUUCUAACCUAUCUGGUGUCCACCCUCAGGCCAAUGAGGCCCGUAGAUUACCGGUGUGAAUUUGUAAAAUGUUACAUUUGCGUAGUGGUUUGGCUCGCACCCAGUCUGCCAGCAACUGUAGACAGAGGAUAAACUAAGGAGGUUUUGUGCCAAAGUACAGCAUGGCACAAUGAAAAUUAGAGAUUAUCUACAGAAUUAAUUAGCAACACACUGUGUUGAGCAAUCUUGUUUUGUUUUUUUUGUUGUUAUUUUUUGUUUUGGUUUUUUAAAGCCUUUUUAACAAUUCACUAAUGAAGAGAGUAGUUCUGAGUUUGAUUUUUUAUGAUAUGAGUUCAGUACAUGCAUUCUUUGUGAACUGACAAGUGCCAGUAGUGACACAGUCUCGGGACAGUGCUGAGUGGACCAAACUGGGUUAGGGUUUUGGAUUAUGGAUUAUGGGUUAAUAAUGAGGUUGUGGUUUCAUUAUUAAAAUGCCACACAUAGUCCUGCACUCUUACAGGGCAAUUGGUGGGAUCUGGUUUACCCAUAGCAUGGACUAAAUCUAAAUUUAGGUAUCUAUUUUAGGCAGUGUUUUCAUAUGAAACACUAUUCCUAAUCUUGGCAUGAAAACAUUGGAUCAUUAUUUUAAAUCUAAAGGUAGUGAGUAUUAAAACACCAGGCUGGUUGACAUAGGAUCUGUGUUAAUUUCUUUGCACAAAUGUCAGAUCUUAAAAACUGUUUUUGUACUGACAGUUGAACACCAUAUAUGUUGAGAAGCAUCAUCUUUCUAAUGUAGGCCUCAGAGAUUCUGUCAUUGUUAGACUAAGGAUUCCUACUAUCACGUAUAUGAAUAGACAGUAGUUGUAUAUUCUGAGAGACUUGUAACCAUAAAUAUGAUUGUGUUUGAUUAUUUAAAUUGUAGAGAAAUGUAUUAUAGUAUCAGAGACUAGCAGUGUUACCAAAUGGUUGACGUGAAAACUGAAAUAAGAAAAUGUCGCCAUACAGGUCAUCAGCUGCAUGGAUAGUGUGCAGCUGGACCAUUCCAAUCUGGACCCCUUACCAGUAGAUCACUGCCAUCAUAUCACCAUGUGAGGAGAUGGUAGAACCAGUACACCAAGAGUCAAGCUUACUUAAGGUUACUUAAUGCAAAUCUGUGAUCAGAUUAAAUUUUUCCAUCUUGAAAUUCAUUUAACUUCAGAUUAUGAAUGUUUAAAUCCGCAUUUGAGAUGAGCACUGAUGGUAGAGUGAAGCAUCAUACUCCUGAAAGCUUGCAGAACACAGCUGUCAUGUCAGGGGAGGCCUGUGUGUGCCCUGCCUCUGGGUCCCUUUAAAAUGCACUGAACCGCAGCUGCAGUAUCAAGGUCCUACAAAGUACAAAUCUGCCUAGAUGACCGCAGGAUCUGACUUUGGAUUGUUUUUGUUGUUGUUGGGUUUUUUGUGUUUAUUUUUGUUGUUAUUGUUUUGUUUUGUUUGGGGGGGGGGGUUUACCAUAAUUCAUAAUUCCUGUUGAUUAAUCAUUAAAGAUAAUACUGAAUCUCACCAGAAGAAUUCCAUUGUCAUCUGUGGUCAUCAGGCAGUCUUUUAUGGUCCUCUGGUGCUUCAGAAAGGUGGUUUGGUUAAAAGAGUGCAUGUUUACAGUUACUUUUCAUUUUACAAAACUAAACUAAAAUAAUGAGAAUGAUUUUGAACAGUUGUGUAUAUAUAGAUAUAUUUGUUUACAUUUUAUCUGAAGUUACACCACCGCAUGCCUGCUGAAGCAAAGAAGACAAAGAUGUCUGCUUAAAGAGAGACCAUGCUGAAUGUUGCAGCUGCCUACAAGUUUCCUUUCAUCAUAUUUCUGGAUGUUAUCUACUUUUACUUAUUAAUCAUAGCUUGCUGUAUUUAUUUGUUGUAUUUCCCAUAGCAUGUUUAUGAUAAAAAUUACCUCUGUGGCUGUUCUUUUGUUAACUAUGCUAUAGAGAAAAGCUAAUGAAUCAACAGGGAACUUAAGUGUAUCAUUGACGUUUUAUCUGCAGGGAAAGUUGUCCUUGUUACAUGCUGUGGUCACCUUCUCCAUUGUUUCUGUUAAUGUAAAUGAUUGAUGGCCUUAACCAACAAACACAAAAUGGCAUUUUGCCCAGACGAGGACACUUGUAAUACAAACUGAUAAGUCAACCAAAAAAGAACAUAAAGCAAAUGGAAAUCUUAAAACCAUUUGUACUGUGUUGAAAGUUCACAGUCAUCCUUCUCCAUUACUAUUAUUAUUAUUACUUAUCAAGUAAGUUCAGGGUUCCCCUCAUCACCAACUGUUCAAAAGGUUUAAUUCUUGACACCACAGAUGUCUUCAGAGGUUGACUAUCAGUCCAUGGAGUGAAGUCAUUUUACAUGUGCAAAAAUCUCUGAUUAUCUAAUCUCUGAUUAUCCAUGUUUAAUUCCCAUUGAUUAUGCCUGUCCUUCCAUGAAAACUGUGUAAUAUAAUCUAAAGACCUUCCUACCUUACUUAGAUGGAAGCUCCAUCUUCUGGAUUCUUCAUUUGCUCUGAUUUCAACCUUGCCUGCAGGUCUGACAGAGGAACCAUCAUUUAUACCAGUACAGUCCAGCUCUUAGCAGCGACCUAUGAACAGUAUUAAAUAAGGAAGAUAUAGUAGAGCUCACAUCAUCCCCUUUUGUGAUGUUCUACAUGUAUGUAUAAGCCGGUAGGUUAUUUUGUAUUUUAUUUUCUGCCGUUAGGUUAUUUUGUAGGUUAUAUUGUAGGCUAUAAUGGCCUGUCAGUCUGGGCCAAGGGCACAGUGCAAGCCCUGUAGACUGAGAUCUGAUGAAAAAGAAAGAAUUGAUCAGUUCUUCUCCUGACCCUCUUAUCCUCUGUCCUCCUCAUUAUUCAUUAGUCUUAGGCAUCCAUACUGAUGGACAAAAGAUUUAUUGAAUAAAGGGAGAGGUUGAGAACUGA